AUGGAGCUGACCAACGUGACCACCCUGUCAAAUGCUUCAAACACAGAGCUGAGUCGCUGUGACAGGCGCUGCAGGAUAAUUCUCCUAUCACUGUACAGUGUGGUUUUCCUGGGAGGCACUGCAGGGGCCAUUGCGAUGUCUUAUAUGAUGCUCAAAAGGAACAGCCAAUCAAUCGUCGCCACGAUUGUUCUCAACAUCAUUGUGCUUCACUCCAUCCUCCUGUUCAGCCUUCCCUUCCGCCUCAGCUAUUAUGUCUUAGUUGUCUGGGAGUUUGGAUCCUUCACCUGCCGAUUGGUUAGCAGCUUAAUAUAUGGUCAUAUGUAUUUCACCUUUGUUUUCUAUGUGGCCAUCAUCAUAAGUCGAUUGCUCAUGUAUUUUAAGAAACUCCAAACUCAGUUCCAAAAGUACCAUGUGGUGGUUUUAAGCAUUAUUAUUUGGAUGGUGGGCAGUGUCAUUUUUUUGCCAAUAUUUUUUUUACAAUAUGGCACCAAUCCAAGUUACUCAGAACAACAAUGUUUUGAGUUCUACAAAGACCUCAAACGUGAGGAGUUUAUUAUCUUGAACUAUUCUAUGAUUGUCAUUAUGAUGACAACAGUUGUGACCCUCUUUCUGAUACAGAUGUGGGUCAUUGUUCAACUGGUAAAAGUUCUUUGGCCAGACAUGUGGACCCAUCAAGAGUACAGAGCUCAAAUCAAGAGCUUCUUCUUCCUCCUCAUAAUAGUGGUUUGUUUUAUACCCCAUCAUGCCUUCCGGAUACACUUCAUUCAACAUUACUCAGAGACAGAAAAUUCUGAGUUAGUUCUUUAUAAUGAAAUUUUUGUUGCUUUAACUACAGCCUGUUGCCUGGAUAUGCUGUGUUUCGUAGGUGGUGUUAUCCAUUAA